UGCAAGAACUCGGACCCAGUCCAGACAGUUACGGGACCAUAUAACGUCCCUCUCACUCAUCUCUCGCUUUACUUGCUCUCUCUCUCUCUCUCUCUAACCGAGAUCAUCGUUUUCAUCGAUCGCGCUGCUCAAGAUCUCUCAGAGCCUUCGUCCUCCUCCUCAAUCUCCCCUCUUGCAAUGGCGUCACCCGCUCUCGAAACCCUAGCUCUCCCCCGCUUUCACCCCAACCUCGCGAUCGCCUCCUCUCCUCGAUCCUCCCUCUCGAUCCGCGGCGGCGAACUAGGUUUCGGUGAGAGAUCUCUUCCCCUAUUCACAGGACUUAGCGUUUCUCGCCGUUUCCAGAAGGUUCGAUCAGCGGUGGCAGGUUCGACGGAUCCGAAGCCCGAUCGCCGUGGCUCGGUGAUCUCCGAGGUUCAGGAGACUGCCGCCGAGGUUCCAGAUGUAACGAAAGAAACAUGGCAGUCGCAUGUCAUAGAAUGUGCAAAGCCAGUGCUUGUAGAGUUCUGGGCGCCAUGGUGUGGACCCUGCCGAACAAUCCACCCCGUCUUUGCCAAACUGGCUAAGAAGUACGAAGAAAAAUUAGACUGCUACAAGAUCAACACUGAUGAGUACCCAGAAUUAACGUCCCAGUAUACAGUAAGAAGCAUCCCGACAAUCAUAAUGUUCAAGAAUGGUGAGAAAAAGGAUGCAAUCAUCGGUGCCGUACCUGAAACUAGAUUGGUGUCUAUCAUUGAUAAAUUCCUAGGGAGAUAAGCCAGAUCUCUUCACUAUGUUUGUGCAUCUUUAGGUUUCCUGUACUGUUGAUAGAAGCCCCCUCCCCCAACCCCCCAAAAAAAAACCCACCCCUCCAAUUGUGUGUACAGUUCUGGUGUCUAGAUUUGCUAUUUUUUUCCUGCAUGCUUAUUUGUUCACGAAAUAGACUGGGUUCUCCAAAUUUAGAUUCCCUCUACUGUCAAUAGAACUCUCGCUAGUUCUGUGUACAGCUCUGGUGUCUGGAAUUGCUAUUAUCUUCCUGCAGUUGUUAUUGUUGUAGAUAGUUGGAUCUAUGAGUUAGUGUUUGUGUCAGAAAUUGAAAAAAAAACCCUGAUUUUUAGUGGAAUAAUUUUGGAGUUUUGGUUCCAAAUAUUUAUUUUCCUUCA